AUGAGCUGGCACAAAGCUUACCUCGCACAGCGCCCUACCUGGAUCGGAUGGAAUAUUUGUCUGGUGUCGCUCACGGCCACUCUGGAACCUCCGAAACUUGACCGCCUUCGCACACUCCUGCUGAAAGUCCGGUCCUCCGAUGCGGUCCCUUUGCACCUGCUCCGCAAACUCACCGGUAAACUCCUCUGGGUGUGUUCCCUUUUUAGCCCGUUUCGGCCUACUCUGGCUCCGCUCUACCUUGAUCAGGGUAAACCAUCCCUGGUUCACGUGGCCUUAAAUCCUGCCAAGUGGGCCUUGUUCCGUGCUGGACUUUCGGACUCCCUUGUCCUUCAAACGGACAUCGGUGUCGCAUCCUGUCCCGCUCAAUGUUCCCUUAUCUCCCUUUCCGGGAAGGAGGUUUCGUGCCACUCCGAUCUUCCUGUAUCGUUUCGGGGGGAGCGUCGUACGUGGAUUUCCGUUCGCAUGCCCCCCGAUUCCGACAGGAAACUUUCCAAGGAAUCAAACCUGGUCCUUGAUAUGUGGAAGUCCUGCCUUGCGGAUUUUUCCCCCGUAUUUCCGUUACAGCUGGGUAGAGACUUCCCGUGCGAUGCCUUUGCGGAUGCCUGCGCAGAUUCCUCCCAUGCCGGCUUGGGUGGUUUUCACUUCUCCAACGCUGAUUUGCACCAGCUCUUUCCAUGGUUUCCACCCGGCACCUCUCCUCAAGCUUGCAUCGCCGCAUGGGAACUGCUUGGACAGAUGGCCCUCCUGCGGGUGGUUGCCCUUUUCAUCCCGGCGGCUUCUCACCCGGUUCAUGUUACCACCCGAUGUGAUAACUCGCCGUCUGACUCCGCUUCUUGGAAGGGCCUAUCGACGGCCAGAGGCCUUUGUGACCUUCUCCCGGCUUACUUUGCCUGGCAGCGUUUCCUCAGUAUCUCUACGUACAUUGAUCACGUUCCGGGUUUCCGUAACACGAUAGCUGAUGGCCUUAGCCGUGAUGCUGACUCGGAAUCUCUUGGUCUUUCUGAUUCUGAUCGAGUCGAGAUCCCGUGGCUCCUCAUUUCCCGUCUGCCCCGGCCAUCCUAUAGCCCUGCGGCUUCCCUGAAUAUCUCCCUUUUUCCGGCUAUGGACUCUUGA